UUGAAUUUCAACGUCAGCGCAUGCGCAGUGUGCAGCUAUCGCCAGCGUUAGCAAUGAGGUUCAACUUUCAAACACUCAUGAGAAUCCCAGUUGGCGCAUUGUUUCAAUGAACUGUUUCGGAUUCGGCUUUAAUGCUUUCGGGCAAAUAUCGGACCGCGGGAAACCAUCACAAGGCGACGAUGAAGAACAUAGUUACACGUGUUUGACGCCGAUACGUCUGAAACACCUGGGUGGCCGCGAGGAGGUAGCUGAGUGUCAACAGGGGCGCGUGGGGACAGAUCAGCUGAGCGCGUGCUGGAGCCGCACGGCCUCGCUAUGUUUACACGACCAGGGUCGUGUGUUCUUAUCGGGCUUCGGAGCCGACGAGAAUGGAAAUCACAUGAGUGCAAGCCUGGGCUGCCAGGACGCUUUGCUCGGGGAGCGAUACCUCACCCUGGGGUUUAGAGACAGGGUGGAGUGCUGGGACGUCCAGCGCCGCGACCCGGCCCCGGCAUGGAGCAUGGAAUCCCCGCCCGAGGAGGAAGCUGGGGCCUCCCGCCGGCUGCCGCUAGUCCCGGGGGGCUAUAUAGCCUCCAAACCGCCGUUCUACCGGCCCCUGUCGCCCCAGUUGAAGGCUGUGAGCUUGGCCCUUGGGGCGGAGCAUGCCAUCCUUCUCAGCGGCUCCGGAACCGUGUUUACCUGGGGAAUAGGAAGCCACGGUCAGUUGGGCCACUCUGAAUUGACCCCUGAGAAGGAGCCCAGGCCGGUGGAGGCCCUUUGGGGGGUCCCCAUCGACUCUGUGUCUACAGGAGGCUGGCACUCUGCCUGUGUUAGUGCUGGGGGCGACCUGUAUGUCUGGGGCUGGAAUGAGUCCGGCCAGCUCGGACUUCCUUCUCUAGCUAUGCGAACAAGCCAAGAGCAGAAGAGGUUUAAAGGAACUGCGUCAUGCCAAGAGGCCGGCCCAGUGACCAGAGGAGAGGAGCAGAAGGAAGGGGAAAGCCAGGACGUGUUUAUAUCCAUUCAGGCCUUCCCGGCCUUGCUGGACAUCACUGAUUCAUGUGACGUCGCCAAGGUCAGCUGUGGCUCGCGACACACCGCUGCGGUGACAACCACUGGUGAUCUCUACACUUGGGGAUGGGGCGAGUACGGCCAGCUAUGUCACGGGACAGCAUCGAGCUCAGACGAGCCUCAUUGCGUGGACUUCUUCAGGCAGGAGGGCUUCAGGGUGGUUGAUGUUGUCUGCGGGCCUUGGAACACUUUUGCCAUGGCAACCAAGGAGGAAGUGGCGCAUUGUUAAAUUACACACCUGUGGAUUCUCCUUGGUGAUAACAGGCAAUGGACCUCGAACUUUGGACCUCCAAGAAAUGCAUCAGCUGAAAAUAUCCUGUUUGUCAAUUAAAUACAAGGUUUACUUUUGUUA